CAGGCAAAUACAGCAUGGCGGCGAGCGAAGAAGUGCUCGCCUUGGAGGCUGAAGUUGCUUUGCGUGAAGAGGAGUUAAGGCUCCUUAGACAGCGCCUGGAGGCAGCGACCGCGGAGCCGUUCCCACGGCAGGCGCGUGAGCCGGCGCCGCUGGCACCGAAGGCUGCCCUGUCCCGGGAGGAGAUUCUUCGUUACAGCCGACAGCUAGUCCUGCCAGAGCUGGGGGUGCGCGGGCAGCUGCGCCUGGCCGCCUCGUCGGUGCUGGUGGUGGGCUGCGGCGGCCUGGGCUGCCCCCUGGCUCAGUAUCUGGCGGCGGCCGGAGUGGGCCGCCUGGGCCUCGUAGAUCACGACGUGGUGGAGCUGAGUAACCUGCACCGGCAGGUCCUGCACGGCGAAGCGCGGGCGGGCCAGGCCAAAGCGCACUCUGCCACCGCCGCCAUCGGGAGGCUCAACUCGGCGGUGCAGUGCGUUCCGUACGCCGAAGCCCUCACCCCGGCCACUGCGCUGGACCUCGUCCGCCGCUACGACGUGGUGGCCGACUGCUCGGACAACGUGCCCACUCGCUACCUGGUCAGCGACGCGUGCGUGCUGGCCGGCCGGCCUCUGGUCUCGGCCAGCGCGCUCCGUCUGGAGGGCCAGCUCACAGUCUAUCAUUACCAAGACGGGCCCUGCUACCGCUGCGUCUUCCCCACGCCACCUCCGGCUGAGACGGUGACCAACUGCGCGGACGGAGGCGUCCUGGGCGUGGUGCCCGGAGUGCUUGGCUGCCUGCAGGCGCUCGAGGUGAUCAAGAUCGCGGCCGGCCUCGGGCCCUCCUACAGCGGCAGCCUCUUGCUCUUUGAUGCCCUCGGCGGUCAGUUCCGCUGCAUUCGGCUUCGGGGCCGUCGGUCAGACUGUGUGGUCUGUGGGGACCAGCCCACGGUGACCCGCUUGCAGGACUACGAAGCGUUCUGCGGCUCCUCGGCCACGGAUAAGUGCCGCAGUCUGCAGUUGCUCUCCCAGGAGGAGCGGGUCUCCACUGCCCACUACAAGCGGGUGUUGGACGCCGGGGAGCCUCACCUGCUGCUGGACGUGCGACCGAAGGUGGAGGUGGACAUCUGUUGCCUACCACAUGCCCUCCAUAUCCCUUUGAGCCACUUGGAGCGAAGGGAUGUGGAGAGCCUGGAACUCUUAAGGGACGCCAUUAGGAAAGGGAAGCAGAAUAUCCAGAAAGGGACGCUUUUCCCCAUCUAUGUGAUUUGCAAGCUGGGGAAUGAUUCUCAAAAAGCAGUGAAGGUCCUGCAGAGCUUGUCAAUCAAAGAAUUGGACUCUUUCUUGGCCAGAGAUAUUGUGGGAGGUCUCAUGGCCUGGGCCACCAAAAUAGAUCCGACAUUUCCACAGUAUUAAGUGGUGUAGUAAAUUUGUCUGAAAUCGAUGAUGGUCAAAAGUGCGUCUUUCAAUUGUGGAUUUCAAAAUUGCCUCGAGGAAGUACUCAUACUGUGAAUAAUUGUGAGAGAAGGGAAGUUGGAAGACGAUUUUGUUUUUCAAAAAUUCAUUGUGUUAAGGCAACUUUUAUUUUUAUUUAUUUCAACCUUUAUUUUUAGAAUGAAUACUUUAGUACUGCUUUAUGUGGUCAAAUAAGGGUUUUGAGUAGGUUAAAUGUCUCUGGAUAUAUGCUGUCCUGCCCUAUUAAAGAGCGUUGAAAAGACUUUUAAAGCAACUUGUUCCGGAAAGAUUUGAAAAUAGCUUAAUUGGUGGAAAAAAUCAAUUUAACUGUUCUCAAACAGUUGUCACAACAAUUAAUGGUUUCCCUGGGGUUUUUUAAUGUGUUUAUUAUUUUGCCCUUAAGCACUUAAUUAAGGUUCCAAUUUGGCAUCUUUUGUAAUCGUGGUAGAAUUUAAGUGCAUGCAAUUGAAAAAAUUCGGACUCCUGGUAACAAAAUUAAAGUGGCACCCUGACUAGUGUAUGCCUCAUAUAAUAGAAAUUAUAUUGAAUUACUUGAUGUAGUUCAAAUAGUUUGUCAUCUAAGUCAAAACUAAAUACUUAGCUUUGUAACUGAGUGCAUAUCUUCUUUGGGGCUUGAAAUAAAAUUAAUCCUUGGACUAUCAAAUAAUAGUGAAAAUAAUACUUAACUUUAUACUGUUUGAAUAUCGUAAAAUUCUUUUCAAGGAAGUCCUUAGGGCUACUGGCAUUCAUUUUGCCGACUUUCAGUUCUGUCAUUCCCCACUCAAUUUUAUACUGGGAAAUUUAGUUAAGUGGGUAUCAAGAACAGCCUUUAAUUGAGGAUUGGAGAUAAAACUUCAUUCAAACCUUUAAGUUAGUUUCUGAAAAGGAGACUGAUGGCAAAAAGCAGCCCGGAGAGGUUUGAGGGGUGGGUGUUACAUACCAAUUACUAGUCACUGCUGAGGGCUACUCCAAAGAAAAGGCUGAUGUUAUUAAAAUUUCCUUUAUUGUCCUAGGCAUCUGCUGGUACAUUAAUCUUUAAAUCUUAAGGUAAGAUGAGGUUACUAAGGUCCAAAUAAUCACUUUCCUAUUAGCCUUUUGAAUGAUUCUGAAUCAUUUUUUCAAUCUGUCAGUUUGGAGAGGGCAAUUGCUAUCUGCCUUGUAGAGAUGAGAAAGAAUAGAAACAUAGUACCAGUAGUUCAUAGUUCAUCUGGGACUUUAAGGUUUGCAAAUGGUUUUCCUCACAACAACCCUGUUAGAUAAAGCUCAGAAAGUUAGUGACUUUUUGGUCUUAGGUAUAACUAGUAAGUGUUAGAAUUUGUACCCAGUUCUCUUGACUGCAGAGUACUUGAGAGUAAAAAAUCUCGAACAAAAUGUUAACAGUACUUACCACUCCAGUGAGCUGCCUUCUGAAGUAGGGAAGCCAGUUCAAUUCAGGAAAUGUUGAGCAGUGUUUUUUCUAUUAUGGAAACAUAUUAAAAACCUUUUUAGUUUCUCUAGAAAUAUUAACAAAUAAUAUUUUACCUGCCAAAAACUCCAGACUUUACUUUUUAGGGAAGUGGAUGGAAGGAAAAUUCAAGCUUUUCUUCGGGAAAUAGAUUAAUUCGAUAACUAAACUUAACACUUUGUCUAGAUAAGAUCUUUACCGUCUUCACUCUUAAGUGAUUGGCCUUAGGACUCACCCAAGGGAAAUGUCUUCAUCCAUGGAAAGAGAGGCAUUCUCACAUCUAUUCAAUUUAGAUUCCCGAAAUAGAUCUCUGGGGAGAAACAUUUUGAUUGCUGAGGGGAGAGUGGGCUAGGAGGAAUGGGAUGAUAACUGUUCUAUGAUGUUAACCCAAUCUAUUAUAUGUUAUUGUGAUUUUCUUCCCCUGGAUUUCCUAGAAAUAUUACCUAAAAUUGUCUUGGGGGCAAGAGUCAUAUUGGAGGGCAUGGACCCUUGGACACUUGGACCCUUUUCUCUCCAAGCUAGAAGUACCUUGGAUAGAGAAUAAUUUUAAAUUAAAACUUUUUUUUGACAGACUUGAUCCUGCAGUACGAUAUUAAUAUUUUUAUAAUAUACUAUCAAAGUACUAGACUAGUAGAUAAGACAUUCUCAGAUAAUCUAGGACAGAGUAUAGAAAGUGUGAGGAAUAAAUAGGCUUUAAAAUUUAAACCAUCUAAAGUAUAAGGUGAAGUAUUAGAAUGUACAUACACCAUAGUAUUCCUUUAAUUCUUCAUGGUAAUAAAUAACCUUGACUCUCCCAGCAGAGGGAAACGAUUCACAGUGUUAAGAUCUGGAAGGUGCUUUGUUGGAGAUCGUGUGGCCUAACUUCCUUUUUUAAUAAGGAAAGGUUUACGAUAUAGGACUAUAUGACGUCAAAUGGCCAACUUUUUAGGGUAGGCUCAUCAACAGAGUUGACCACCAGGUGGUGACUUUUUCCCCCCCAGAGCAGCUCAUCAAAUGAUCUAAAGGUACAAGGGCUGUGCUGUAUAUUCCUAUGGAUGAAACAAAUCCUUGAAAUUUAAAUAUUAAAAUGUAUGUUUCUGAACUCUUUCUCCUCUUCCCCCCAAACAUACUAUAUUUUUCAGCUCCUUGAGGGUAGGUGUGCUGUUUUCCACUGUUUUGCACAGAGUCAUAUGGUUUAAAAAAUGCUGAGUUGAGUUGAAUAUAGUAGCAAGAACAAAACAUUAGCUCAGGAAGUUUUUGUAUUAAAAUACAAGACAAAGGCAUACUUUUCAUUCAGACUUUGUGAGCUCUCACCACUAUAGUUACUUAAUAUUGAAGAUUUGUUAAAUUUAUGAAUUAAAUUUUUUUCUUUCCUGUUCUUGUCAUUUUGCUGAAGGAAGGGAAAAAGGCAGUAAAGCUUAGAUUUCUUAAUUUUUAUUAUUGGUGACAUUUCAGUUAAGACUAAUAAAGGAAAUUUUUUUCCA